AUGGCUAAAGUAGAGGAGCAACAAGUUGUUAAUAAUAUUGAAAAACAAGGCGAAGGGAGUGUAACGCCUUCUGCAGACAAAAUCGAAAAGAAAGAAACACAGGAAGAAACUAUUCAAGAAAGUCCUGAGAUGGACAUUGAAGCGAUUGAAUGUUCGGAAGAGUAUGACAAAGAAGAAGAAAAUCACCAAACCGUUAUCUUCAAGAAAUUCUGUUCGUUGGAAUUGAAAUUUCCACAAAAUCUUGUUGGGAGGUUUGCGGAAUUGUGGGCUAUGAUGGAGCAGGAGACAAAGGCGACAGGGGUUUUUGCGGAGUAUUGGGACGAAGUAGAUGGGGAGGAGGAUUUUAAAGGUGUCAAAGCCAUCCCAUCAACAGACGAUCAGACCGACUCUAUUUUCAAUUACUUCGACUAUGGAUUCAACAAGCCGUCAUAUUCCAACUACAAAAAGAAGUGUCAGAUCAUGAGAAAACAUUUAACUGAUAUCUGUGGGGUCAGAGAACACAGUAGAGGUGGGGAGAAGAGAGAUGACAGAGAUCGGGACAGAGACAGGGACAGAAGAAAGCGAUCAAGGAGCCCUUCAAGAAGAGAAAGAGAUCGUGACGAUAGGAGAAGAAGGUCACGAAGUGAUGAAAGAAGAAGGAGGUCGAGGAGUAGAGAGGGAAAGAGAGGAAAACGAUAA